UUGUAAGUGACAUUAGAUAUUCUCAUUUUAUCAACAAUUUGAUUAAAAAUAGUGGCAAUUUUCAUUCUAUUUCACGUUUCUUCUUGAUGGAUAGGAGUGAAGUUGAACUUCUUAAACCCGAGACGGGGAGCCAAAUGUAUAAAGCCUGGCAAGGAUUUAUGUUAAAAUAUAUAUACUUACCUGCCAAAAAUUUAAAUACUUGGAUAAUUAGUCAUCGAAAUCCACCUGUGUACUAUCAUAGAAAAUUUAAUCGAGUUAAAGAUGUAGACCAAUGCUACACCGAUGAUUUUCCUUGUUAUUAUGAGGCAAACUUGCAAUUCCUUCGAGACAGAGAAAUUGAUUCUGCGAUCAUUAAUAUACUUAGACGUAGACGAGAUUAUUGUAAUUUUUAUUUUGGAAGGGAAGCCUUACAUAAAUGUGAAAAGGUUAUCAAAGAUUUUGAUGAGGCUUAUAUGAAUUAUUUUGUAAAAUAUGGUGAUUUAGGCCAAAAGAUAACAGCAAGAUAUUGUUUUAUGAAACAAAAGCAUCGAAUGAUUUGGGAGAGAAGAAACAAAAAGUUACUGAAAGAUGGAUCUCCCUUAUCGACAGCAGAAAACGAUAAUUUCACAAAUUAUCAAUGAAUACCUUGCAACGAUUAAGCAUUACAAUGGGAAAACGCAAUAAUAAAUUUUUAUUCUUUAUAAUUAAUAAUGCGAAAGAAAAAUUAUUAUUAUUAUACAGUUGUACUUUAUAUAAUUUUUAUCUUGUAGGACGUUAGAAAUUUAAAACGCUGAGAGUGGAAAGUGAUCAAAUAACAAUGUAUAUUAUAGGAUUAAGCGAAAAAAAUAAAUGUUAGAAUAGUUGUUGGCGAAUUUUUUUAUAAACGUUAUUUUAUAUUAAAUAUUCUUUUAUAGAAAUAUAUAUUUAUUAAACUUAAAAUUGCCGAUUAUUUUAUUUUGUGGAAAUUUAGAUUACAAUAAAUGAAAAUUGUAUUGAUUUCACAUCCUAUUAUUGUAUCCAAAUAUUUUUUUUGCGUGUCCAGGUAAUUUUUAGAAUAGUGAAGGUAAACCAAGUAAUCGGUUCAAACCACUCCACAAUCUGAAAGAAAUGGUCAGCUGUAUUCAGAUCGAGUUUAAAAGAAUCAAGUUAUUUAUCCGCCAAAUCGGUCUGAAUAUU